AGGUCCUCUCUCAAGAAAGAAAACCCUUCUUAUUCUCAAUUACUUUCCCUAGUUAGCUCCAUUGCCUUCUCUCUACAGUAGUAAUGUCUAGGGUUUUGGAGCCUCUAAUGGUAGGAAGAGUGAUAGGGGAUGUUCUUGAUUCCUUCACACCGAGCACAAAAAUGACCGUGACCUACAACGGAAGGCCAGUUUGCAACGGGCACGAACUCUAUCCAUCCGCUGUCUCCACGAAACCUAGGGUUGAGAUUCAUGGUGGUGACAUGAGAUCUUUCUUCACUCUGGUCAUGACAGAUCCAGAUGCUCCUGGACCAAGUGAUCCUUUCCAGAGGGAGCACCUGCACUGGAUCGUGACAAACAUUCCCGGUUCGACGGACGCCUCAUUUGGGAGGGAAGCGGUGAACUAUGAGAUCCCUAGGCCGAACAUCGGGAUCCACCGCUUCGUGUUCGUCCUGUUCAAGCAGAAGAGAAGGCAGACUGUGAACCCACCUCCAUCGAGAGAUCAUUUCAACACCCGAACCUUUGCUGCAGAAAACGAUCUCGACCUACCUGUUGCUGCAGUCUAUUUCAAUGCCCAGAGAGAGACCGCUGCCCGGAGACGCUGAAAGGUACGAUUCUUCACCCGAACGUUCCGAUCUAGCCGCUGAACUAAUAAUGAUUAAGAGAGUCAUGUAUAGGACGUAUUUGGAGCAAAUUUAUAUCGUCCAGCUAGAAUUGCUCGAAAAGUUAUGAGCAGAAUCAAAUAAAUAAAUGUGCGUGUGCAUGAUUUUAUAUCAUUUCAUGGUAUUGCGGUUCUGGUGUUUCCAUUAAAA